AUGGAAAGCUUUACUUUGAAUCAUUCCCCUCUCAUAAUUUCUCUCAAUCUUCUUCUGCUCUCUCUCUUCAUCUUCAAUCUCUCAGUCCCCGCGGUAGCGGAAAGCUGUGCAGAUGUAAACUGUGGGCAAGGAACAUGUAAAGAUUCCAAUUCCUCAUUGCUUGGUUUUGAAUGUGAUUGUAAUACUGGCUGGAAGAAGCUUCAGAUUGGCCCCUUGGCCUUCCCUUCUUGUGUUCUUCCUAACUGUUCAAUAGACCUUCAAUGUAACAAUGCUUCUUCACCACCUUCAUCUCUGCCUCAAUUAAACGAUGCUUCUUCACCACUUCAAUCUCUGCCUCAAUUAAACGUUUGUCUUCUUGUAUGGUGUGGAAAAGGAACUUGUGUUGCCAAUGGAACUGGAUAUUCAUGCCAGUGCUCCCAGGGAGCCUCUAAUUUGUUCAACAACUCUACCUUGGCCUGUUUAGAGAGCUGCUCGUUUGGAGCAGAUUGUCUUGCCCUUGGGUUGGGCCUACCACCUUCACCUCCUCCAACUGACCUACCACGUGCUCCACCGAUUAAGUCAGAAUCCCAUCAAGAAAUUGGAGCUCCGCCGGCAAGUAAUCGUGCAAGAAAUCUUCGAGCACUAACCAUGAUGCUGUUAGCAACAACUAUUAUGGCAUUGUUUUAG